CCUCAUUUAUCACUAAUUAAACACAAAUUGAAAAUCCUUUUUUCUGUGGCACUAGCAGUCAACAAACGCACACGCUGCUGCAUUUUCAUCAUCAAUGGCGGCGACUACUCACCACCAUCUCUCUCACGCCUCAUCUCUUCCCAAAACCCUAAACCAUCCUUUGAAGCAAAACCCAUUUUCCCAACUCCCCGUUUUGUCCCUCAGGGCCUCCAAGAAUCUCUUUAGGCGCCAAUCUCUCUCCCUCAGAGCUGUGCUCUCCCAGAACCCUGCUAAAACCCUCAACGCCACUUUUCAACACUGCUUCACGAAAUCCCCUGAUGGGUUCCUCUACUGUGAGGAUACCAAGGUUCAGGACAUCAUGGAGAAAGUCGAAAAGAGGCCCUUUUAUUUGUACAGUAAGCCUCAGAUUACUAGGAAUGUGGAAGCUUAUAAGGAGGCUCUUGAAGGCUUGAAGAAUUCCAUCAUUGGGUACGCCAUCAAGGCGAAUAAUAAUUUGAAGAUUUUGCAGCACUUGAGGAAGUUAGGUUGUGGUGCUGUGCUUGUUAGUGGCAAUGAACUCAAGUUGGCUCUUCAUGCCGGCUUUGAUCCUACUAAGUGUAUAUUUAAUGGAAAUGGGAAGAUCUUGGAGGAUUUGAUCCUAGCUGCUCAAGAAGGUGUUUUUGUGAAUGUGGAUAGUGAAUUUGAUCUGGAGAAUAUUGUUACAGCUGCAAAAGUUGCUGGCAGGAAGGUUAAUGUGUUGCUUCGGAUCAACCCAGACGUGGAUCCACAGGUCCAUCCAUAUGUCGCUACUGGGAACAAGAACUCUAAAUUUGGUAUUAGGAAUGAAAAGCUGCAGUGGUUUCUGGAUGCUGUAAAGGCACACCCUAAUGAGCUAAAGCUUGUUGGGGCCCAUUGUCAUCUUGGUUCAACCAUUACCAAGGUGGAUAUAUUCAGGGACGCUGCUGUUCUCAUGGUCAACUACAUUGAUGAAAUCCGUGCCCAAGGUUUCGAGGUAGAUUAUUUAAACAUUGGAGGUGGUUUGGGGAUAGAUUACUACCAUAGUGGUGCCGUCCUUCCCACACCGAGAGAUCUCAUUGACACUGUCAGAGAAUUGGUCCUCUCAAGAAACCUUAACCUUGUCAUUGAACCAGGGAGAUCACUCAUUGCAAACACUUGCUGCUUAGUGAAUCGUGUCACUGGAGUCAAAACUAAUGGAACAAAAAAUUUCAUUGUCAUUGAUGGCAGUAUGGCUGAACUUAUCCGUCCUAGUCUUUAUGACGCUUACCAACACAUAGAACUGGUUUCUCCUACACCUCCUGAUGCAGAGGUCUCUACCUUUGAUGUUGUCGGUCCUGUCUGUGAAUCUGCAGAUUUCUUGGGAAAAGAGAGAGAACUUCCAACCCCAGCUAAGGGGACCGGCCUGGUGGUGCAUGAUGCAGGUGCUUACUGCAUGAGCAUGGCAUCAACAUACAAUCUCAAAAUGCGCCCUCCUGAGUACUGGGUCGAAGAAGAUGGAUCUGUGACCAGAAUCCGGCAUGGGGAGACAUUUGAAGACCACAUUCGUUUUUUCGAGGGUCUGUGAUUUGAACAAAACAAGUGUCCAUUUUGAGGCUUGAAAUUGGAUAUUGUUUUUGCAAAAUUCAUGGAUUUAUGUGGUGUACUUUGAAUUGGAGUUAAUGUAAUGGUAAUUUCAGCAUCUAAAAGGGUAUGAACAAGAUUUAGAGUACAUUCCAAAACUAUGAUGCCAUAUGGGGCAUACAAUCUUCUUAUCUGAAUAACUCAGCAUGAAGAAUAAUACUCUACUUUUUUACAUCACUCGAAUAAAAGGUGGGUUCUUGUACCAUGUUUUAUAA